AUGCAUAAACGUGCACGGUUGAGCGAGGACAUGGCCAAGGGUGGCGCGAUUGACAACGAGAUGCUCGACAACACGAGCAGCUCGACCGACCCGGGCAAACACCAAAAUUGCACGGGCAUUCAAGUAGCGGCGUCGGCGUCAGAGCAGCCGCAGAGCGCAAGCCGCCGCCGCCGCCGUCGCGCGUGGAAGGACCUCACGCCGGAGCAACAGCUUAAACGAGUCAUCGCGAGUAGAAUCCGGAGGGCCCGCAAGUUGGCCUCUAGUGCCCUGACUGAAGAGAGGACGACCCCGACCAUGGGGACCUCAACCAUACCCGAGGAGCGGGAUGAUAGCCGACACGGGCGAGGAGCCGAGGAGGUGCUUUGUGAGAAUUGCUCUUCACGCAUCUGA